UCUUCAUCAUCAACAUUCGACUUCGAUAAAACGUUUCACCUAAGAGGGAGAGCUCUGUUCUACUUUGAUCGGAGAACUGUAUGUAACCAUGGUCGGAAUUCUUCUGGGGUUACCUGGGCAGUGGGCAGAAGACGAGCUUGAGUCUUCUGAUCACUACACAACAAAAAUCGGCGGUCUUCCGGAUUGGCCACCAAUACCCGAUGAUACACUGAAACCAAAACUACUCAAUUGUUGUUCAUGUGGAAGUAAACUUUCUCUCGUAGCUCAGGUGUAUGCCCCAAUCUCAAUUGAAAUUUCAGACAUCCAAGAGCGUUCCCUCUAUAUAUUCGGUUGCUUGAUGCCUAAAUGUGGAACCUCUGAACAAAGCUGGAGAGCUUUUAGCGUUUGGAAAGCUAUAGAAAAAGAGAAAGAAUCAAGUGAAAUGGUGGAUUUACCUGUCCCUUCGCCUCCAGAUACAUCUUCUAAAACUCAUUGGUUAGACGAUGAUGAUGAUGAUGAAGAUUUUGAUUUUGAGAGUUUAGCUAAGGCGCUCGCAGAGGCUUCAUCUGCUGCGGCUUCCAUUUCGAAGAAACAAAAGAGUAAACCAAAUGGCAAUGCUAGUUCAGGGACUACAGCAAGGCCUUCACCUUUAAAAUCUGAAACAAGAGUUGCGGAUCAAAUUAAAGUUGAGACUGGAGUGGUGGUUCCGUGCUUCUACAUUUAUACAAAGGAAGAGAUCCCCUCAAAAGAAGUCGAUCGAUGCUCGAUGAAUUACUCGUCUUUGUCCAUCAAGGAUAAAGAAACCGGCAACAAUGAUGAGAGUGAAUCCGAAGAAACGUGGGAGGAUGAGAAAUAUGAAUAUGACAGAGCCCUGAAUGCAGAUAGGACUUAUCUUAAGUUCAAAAAACGGCUAGAUGCAAACCCGGAACAAUGUUUCAGGUACUCUUAUGGCGGUAAGCCGAUACUGGCCACUGAGGACAUGAAAUCUCCCGAUAACUGCAGGAAUUGCGACUCUCCAAGGCACUUUGAGAUACAACUCAUGCCUCCAUUAAUAUAUUUUCUACAUGAAGGUGUUGUUGAUGAAAGGCUUAAGCAAUCAUUGGACAAUUGGGAUUGGAUGACACUUAUUGUCUACACUUGUUCCAAGAACUGCGCAAACGCUGUGAAUGGCGAUUGGGUUAUAACUGAGGAGUGUGUAGCAGUACAGUAUGAGAAACCGAUGAAUCUUGAUCAUGCUAGCUUCUUCAAAUGAAAUUUUUUCCCCGGUGAAUCUUUUGAUUGCUUAAGAAGAUGUUGCUGAAGUGAUUACAGCUAAAAAAAUUUUGGUCAAGAAGUCAAAUGCGGCAUGAAAAUAUGUUCUUCAAUUGUUUCAGGACAGAGAUCCUCAAGAAGAGUGAGCUGCUUAAAAAAUACAUUUUUAUGCGAGACAAAGACUACAUUUUUUUCGUUUAAAAUGAUUAGUCUUAACGUAAUGUUAGAUUUGUAAGACAGAUGCUUUUAUUGGAUUUCUUUCGAUUUAA